GUCCUCAUGAGACUCGUGCUCUCCUCAUGGGAAAGCCCCACAUUUUUAGAGAAAUUUCAUCAACAUCCGAUUCUUUUCAAUUUUUCAUUUAUUUCAUCCACCUCUUUAUAUUUUCAACAUCUUAUGUAGUAGACGUAGAGUGUGAGCCAAGCGGCGAUCUACAUGUACAUCAUUGAUCUUAUAUUUAUUCAACAACUCCGUAUGUCUAUGAGGCUCGCACCUGCUCGUGGAUUGUACCUAUCUUACGUAGUAGUUGUGGGCUAGGUUGACGAGAAAAAUAAGCGUCGGCAGAGACAUUUUCAAUAUUUUGUAUACAUCUUCAAAUUCAAAGCAAAGCUCGUUCAUUUCGUGUAGUGUCGUCAUUUGUCGUCUGUUUCGUUGUUUCGCGGUCUUGAUGAUAUCUUCCCCUCUUCCCUGUAGUUCCCCCCGUUCGUCUCUUAUUGGUAGUAAACUCUAAAUAAAGUUCUAUAUCCAUUAAAGUCAGAGGCAGAAAUGCGUAAUUUUUGAUCUCUUGUAGUAUACAAAUUUCAGAAUAAGUUCUUCCAAGAAAAAUAUGAUGAAGCUCAUGGAGUUGCAGAAAUUUCUUGUUGGUACUAAAGAUACCUCGGGUCACGUGCCCCUCUGGCACUUGCUGACAUUGUUUCACCGAACUUGAAAACAUUGGCAUUUUUUAUCGACCUAUCGUGACGUUUAUCGUGGUCGCACUUUUUAUCAUCUGUACUAUGUGACACUACAGUAACACUAUUUUCAAGUUUUUCUAUCUGAUGUUGAAAUAUGCCCCACCCCUACCUUUGUACCAUGGCACCCUCUGCUCUGAACCUGCGCCACCUCGCGGCAUCAGCCCGCCGCGCGGGUUGUAGAAGUUGUUGUACCAGGUCCACCUCUACUACAAGCGUCGAGACCUAAAAGCCAGCUGAGCUUCGGCAAAAGUCGGGAAAGAGCGACGUCGAGGAAGCAGACGGGAUAAGAAAAUGGUGGAUCUUCUCGCGCCUCCGAAGGGGACGUUCAUCCGCCCCGGAUGGAAGGACCGGCUCGUUCAGUGGUGUCUUCGAAAUGCGCGGUUGGUGUUCCUGCUAGUUGCGGGACUCACGUUAUUCCUGUGCAUGGUAAGCACGGGGUUCUUCAUAUCCUGAGUAAAAACGUACCCACACCAGAGUCAAGAUGGGGAAUCGGCUAGACAAAUCCACAAGUUUUGGCUGUUUUGCAUGACAAAUUUGGAUUCGUAGUGUAGUGCUGUUUGAGCUAGCUCAGCAGCAUCACAGAUCUAGCAUACCAUGCUGAUUGGAGCAUGACAAAUUGAAAAACACGAUUGGAAAAUGCUUCUCAUGGGGCUCCACAUGAGAAACAUUUUCCGCAUGCAGAUUUGCAUUACAACUAUGGGGUGGGGACGUUUUUAAAUAGGAUACUUCAUCUUCGUGCUCGUCCUUCUGAUGCUCGUGAUCUUGGUCGUUCUCUAUGGAUGUGUCAGAGUUGAAAUCGACAAAGUUGAAAUAAUUUGUCAUGCAUAAAAUGGAUGCUAGUUGGAGCCCAGUUUUCAAGUGGCGCAUGACAAAUUUCGGCGGUCCCUAAAUCCAGUCUGUCAUGCUGUUUAGGCAAAGAAGAGCGAUUUUCUCGUGCUCCUUUAGCAGCUCGAGCUGUCACCCCAAACAGGCUUACAGUCGGCCUUACUUGCCUGCUCUGCAACACACGCGCCUCGGGUCAUGCAUUUUAUGCAUUACAAAUUAUUUCAACUUUGACGAUUUCAAACCUGACGCUUCCAUAUUCUCGAGCGGACGUUUAACGACGGGCGCGUCACAAAGUUGCUGCGCGACAAGUGCUAUGCAUUGCAAAAGCAUCGUACUAGUUGAAAUCGCAUCACAAAUUCGUUCAGCAUGACAAAUGGAAUCUGUCAUGCUGUUUUCCCUUGGGAUGGAAGUUUGUAAUGCAUGAUUGCGAUUACUACGAGAAGUACGAUACUUUUGCACAGGAUAAGUGCAAACCCUAUCUACCGGAAUUGAAAGUUCUUGAAGGCUAUGAAAUGUAAAAAUGUCUGGGUCUGGAAGAGUGCGCGAUUUGUCAUGCAGCUUUUCCAUGACGAUGACCCAUGAGGUCUGGAAUGCAGGACCUAGCAUGACAGAAGAUUCUGCGCGAUCUCUCUCAUGCCUAUCCUGCAUGAGAAACUUCCUCGCGACUUGGUCAAAAUUGGACGACUUUUGGUAAUCAUGCAACACUGAUUUUUGCAUGCUUCAGAUUUAGCAUGACAGGUUGCGUUCUUCCAGACCCAGACACUUUUACAUUUGAUAAAGGCCGGGAGUUUGACGAGGACGGGAACGUGAUCAGGGAGAAAUACGUUCCGCCGGAGAUAUCAGAGUGCACACAAGCUGCCUUCUGACCACACCUGAACUAAUUUCUUGCUGUCAUGAUGUAAAAUGAUUGGAUUAGAACUGCCUUUGUUUAUUAGCAGUGAGCGGCCUUGCGAGUAUUGCAUCUUGACAAGUUGUGUAAGUUGUUGUGUUGUUGCUGCAGCACUCGCACUACAAACACCAGCACUAGGAUCAUCCAAGCUCCUGGUCCUGCGUGUAAGUACUCUUCGAAGCACGCAGAAUCUCGUCUUUACAGAAGCUAGGACUUUCCCGGUUUUUCUAUGUGUAGUUGCUGGCCCACGACCAGCUUUUUACUUUUCCAACGAAGGGAGAUGUUGAGAGGGCGGGUUGUGCACUCGGAUAGGCGGAACCAGAAAUCGAAAAAAUUCCCGCCCUCCCGGGUCGGUUUCCUGAUGAGCGGUGGCGGUGGAAUUACCUCUUAUCCUGAGUAAAAACGUACCCACACCAGAGUCAGGAUGGGGAUUUUGCAACACAAACCUAGGAGCUUUGUGAGUCACGCAUGACAAGUUGCGCUAUGCAGUGUAGUGCAGGUUAGCAAGUGCCGCCGCAUCACAGAUUCAUCUGCUCAUCCUGUUCACAGCAUCACAAAUUCCAAAACACGAUUGGAAAUGGCUCUCAUGGGGAUGCGCAUCACAAGUCUUCCUGUCUUUGCAAAUCUGCAUUACAACUCUGGCGUGGGUACAUUUUUACUCAGGAUACCUCUAUUUGGGGCGUUACGAGCCCUGGGAGGACGAGAUCCAGCGGACCGACAUUGAAUACUACGAACCGCACUGGUAUGGAUGUGUCAGAGUUGAAAUCGACAAAGUUGAAAUAAUCUGUCAUGCAUAAAAUGGAUGCCAGUUGGAGCCCAGUUUCCAAGUGGCGCAUGACAAAUUUCGGCGGUCCCUAAAUCCAGUUUGUCAUGCUGUUUAGGCAAAGACGAGCGAUUCUCUCAUGCUACUUUAGCAGCUCGAGCUUUAACCCCAAACAGGCUUACAAUAGGCCUCACUUGCCUGCUCUGCAACACACGUACCGCGGGUCACGCAUUUUAUGCAUUACAAAUUAUUUCAACUUUGACGAUUUCAAACCUGACGCUUCCAUAACUGGGCAAUCAAAUACACAGACCUGAACGCGCGGCGCAUGGACCGCGCCGGCGACACCGAGGCAACCGACCUACCCCCCACCUUCUGUGGCGCCGCGUGCUCUGCCAUGCUGUUUGCUUUCGUCUGCGUGUUCGGCUGGAACUCCGCCUCCCUGCUCACGUCCGACAGUACCAAUUUGGAGCCCUGGGGGGACGUGCAGCUGAACCUCGACUACGUGUGCCCCGGGCUCGCGAACUACCGGGGCACCAGUGUGAGCAUGGAAGAACGGAAUGCGCAGCUGAACUUCUCCAGCGGAGCGUUUCUGGACGCUGACCCCAACACGGUGCAGCCCCUUCCGGGGUGCCACUUUAACGAGCUGUACUACUCCAGCUUCCCGGAGCGCAUCAUGCCGGAGAAGCCCUACAUGGACGUGCCCGCACUCACGUUCGACUGGACACAGCGGAUCGAGUUCUUAUUGCACUGAAAAGGGCGGGCGCCCCACAACCAGAAGACAGAACACUUUGCAUCUCAAACCCUACAGCACACUCAAGCUUUUUGUAUUUUUGCAUGAAGGGAAGUAUAAUAGUACGACGCAUAGUUUUGACUCGGAGUCCAACGUUGUUCCUGCAACUUGGAGCUGACAGACGUCGCCUACUAACUUUGGUUUUGUAGGUCGCGGAUUAUUUUUGUACUACAGUAUGAAUAAACAACAUUGACUGCGCAGCUGGCUAAAGCCAUGCGUCGUACGUGUCAACAAUCUUUGGCAAAAAUUAAAUGUUCCACCUUCAUACAACAUUCAAGGUUGCGGGCGCUUUUCAGUAUGAUAGUUUUACGAGGCGGACGACAUGUCCGCGCUCGCGAAAAUUUCCUGGGUGGACAAGUUGGGCAUGCACUUCGGGAUGACCAGCUACACCCUCCCCAUUCCGGUAGCGUUCGGGGCGAUGGAGAGCACCAGUAUCAGUUUCAACUCGUACAUCUACGGAGGGUCGGAUCAGGAGUCGCCCUUCGCCAACCUGACGCGCAAUCUGCGCGACAUGGCAGUGGCGUCCACCACGCAUGCCUUCGACGAGUCGUUGCGAUAUGCGCACAACGAUCUGGGAGUGUUUCGCAGCUACGAGUUUUUCUUCGACCACGAUGCGCAGGGCUUCAUGCGGUUCGACCGCACCGAGCUGUCCGCGCUGAAGAACUGCCAGCUGCAGGUCGGGUUCGUGAACCGCUACCAGUACGAGUCGCUGCGCCCCUACCUACUCAAGUUCAACCGCGAGUACCAACGGAAGACCAUGCUGACCACGCUGACUACGUCCAACUGGACUUGGUCGCCCGAACUGUACACGAACGUGGAAACGGGAACCUGGAAGCGCAAGGCCUCCUUCGACAACAUGCUGAUCCUGUCCUCCGGGUGGGGCACCGUGGCCGCGAAGGAGUUCAUGCAGAACGUGGCCUACGGCAAGUACCAGGUGAACGUUGAGCGAAACCUCCGCGUCCUGUACGGGGUGGACACCGGUUUCAACAUCUCGGCCUCCGUGAAGGACAACGUCGUCCAGAUGUUCUACGCGCGGGUGCCGGUCAUGCUUACCGACUGGAUGCUGUUCGCGGCCUACGUGAACAACUUCCAGUACUCCGCGGCCGGCAUCAUCUGCGAUGGCAAGACGAAGUUCUUCAACCCGGCGUACGUGAUGGCGGACAAGCCGGCGAAGGCGGACAAGGUGCUGCGGCUGCGCACGCCGAUCGCGUUGUGGACCGUGCCCUUUCCCUUCUUCGUACAGGUGACGGGGGACAUGGGUGUGGAGCGCAUGUUGGUGACCACGCGCGUGAACAACACCGCCAUCAAAGUGACGCGCGGCACCUCGAUCGGCUCCCAGCGGCUCAACUUCCAGGUACCCCGCCCCACGACCCCCUUCCCUCCGGUGUCCAACCCCGCGCUUUGGGUCUGCCCCCCGAACAACUACAUGGACGGGCUGUUUUGCGACUGCAACUGCGGCAUGACCGACCCCGACUGCCUCACGGGGUUGCUCAAGCUCCGGUACUGCGCCCCCCACGAAAUCUGCUCGCCGCUCGGCCGGUGCACCGCCCCCAUCUACGACCCAUCGAAGGAGGAGGUGGCUAUCAGCGAGCCCUGCUACUCGAUGCAGCUGCCGGGCGAGACUAUGUUGUACGGCUAUUUCGGGCAUCAGGAGGAAUACGAGGAGAUGGGGGGCGGCCAGUGCAAGGUGUGUCCGUACGACGACCUCUUCGGGGGGCGAACCAACAAGAACGAGUUCAACCAGUACGUGUGCCAGUACCGGCCCGAGGGCGACGUGAACGGGCGGCAGGUGCUGCAGUUGGACGACGAAACGAUUGCGACCUACGGCACGUAUGUGGCGUUCGAGCAGGCGCAGCAAGCCGCCGCGGCGGCGGGCGUCGAAAUGGACCCCGCGCUCUCUCCCGCAGACUUCAACAGCAACCGGACCUUUAUGGCAGCGUCAGAAUCGAAAUCAACAAAGUUGAAAAAAUUUGUAGUGCAGAAAACGGAUACCAGUUGGACCCACAGUUUCUAGUCGUCGCAUGACAAAUUUUGCCGGUAUCGAAAGCCAGUUUGUUAUGCUGUUUAUGGCAAAAGAGCUCGCAACAUCUCUCAGGCUAGUCACCAGCACAAUUCUUGGCGGCCCUUAGCAGCACUACAAAAAUCUGCCUCCCUUGCAUCCUCAGCAAUAGACGUCGCAUUUUAUGCAUGACAGAUUGUUUGUAUUUCAACUUUGUCAAUUUCGAUCCUGACGCUUCCAUAACCUUCGGGGCCGAAGUGCUGGACUGGUACCGCAUCAUUCGCGUCAACACCGGCCCCAAGGCCGGGUUCCCCGAAACCGACUUCCUGGGCCAGAACUACACGGUCGAGGUCGACUUCGGCAUGGGAAUCCACGAGCUAGUGCAGCUCGUGAGGGCGGAGAAACCAGAUGCGGCCACGAAAUCCCAGCUGCUGCACCUGAAGAGCUUCGGGGGCAAGUUUCGACACCGGCACUUCUCCGCGGGCACACUGGUCUCCAGCAUGUCGGGCGACUACACCGACUUCGUCCUGCAGCUGGACAAGCAGGAAGCUCCCUUCUCCCUGAUCGGCCCCUACCGAAUACAGGUCGACGCGGCGGAAAUGUUGAUGCGGGGUGGCAGUUCUACUAUUAUGUCAUCCUCUUCGUCUUCUUCGUCCUCGAGCGCCAGCAGCAGUCGACGCCAACGGCAGCUGCGAGCAGCUAGUUCUAGGGACCACGAUAGGCCUAAUACUAGUACCUCCUCGUCCAGCGCCCGGAAGCUGACCAGCGGAACAUCGACCGCGACAACGACCGUGAACACGUGCGGCGAAGCCGUUCCGUACCGGCAGCGACUCGAUAUUGGCACCUUCGCCGAGGGCAUGGACUUCUCCGGGGUUCGCAGCAUUACCACCCGCGCGUACGUGGCCACCCAGCCCAGCUCCAGUUCCCUGUACGACUACUACGCACUGAACGACCUAGAGAAGGUUCGGGUCCCGGAGCUGCAGGAUUCGCGGAACCUGUACUUCCGCGACUCGCAGAGCGUGGUGAUCACCUCGGCGGGACAGAAGUGCUUCCCCGACCUGUACGAGAACCCGUUCAAGAGUGCGUGCUUCGUGCGGGAGCGCACCUACUCUGUCCUGAUGGUCAUUCAGACGCCACCAUUCUCCGAUGCCGGCGGUGCGUUGAACACCGGCGCACCCUGGACCGCGAGCACCGGGGGGCGCACCGCACAGGGCGUGGAGGUCGGCUACGACAACUUCCCGGCCCUCAAGGACCGGGUGCGUGCGGCGCUUGCCAGCGUCCUACAGCUGGACAUCUCGGAGCACCUGGUGUCGCCCGACCUGAAGCGAAACGGCAUCACCCUUCAAGUCCCCAGCUACACCGCGGAGAGCUUCUGGACCCAGCAGAACGACCCGAGCACGCGGAUGGUGCUCGCGGAGCUGCUGUUUACCACCCGUCGCUGGUAUGUUUUGAACCAGAAGUUCGACAAGUACAUUGACGGCGUCACCUCCUUUCCCUACGACGACCUCAAGGCGGCCAUCAAUCUGAACCUGAACCCACAAAAUUUCACGGAGCUCACCGCCAUUUUCCAGUCGCAGCAGUACGACAACACCACCUCCAGUGGUGCUUCCUACUCCGCAACCAAUCCGCUGUCUGAUCCCUCGACAGGUUGGUCGGUCCAAUCUAUGGGGGCGCUAAGGGACCACUCCGCCACCACCACACGACGCCUCCGGGAACUCACUGCUGGCGAAUCAACUGCAUCUACUUCAAGCCCUGCUGACACUGCGCCGGCUGAUCGACCCAGCACUGGAGGAAGAGGCAGCACUUCUAUGAGAGUACAACUAUCCUCCUCCACGAACAAAAGAGAACUCGCCACGGAGGAUGCGCUCCUGGAUUUUUCCGGGCAGAUGCAGAUUGUGUUUCGCACGACCGCGUCGCACGAGAACACCACCUCGCAGGCGCUCGCCCUCGGCUCCGAGUGGAAUGCGCAGGUGAAGCAGGCGUGGAUCGAUGUGGCUAACGACAACGGGAUUUACUUCACUACACUAGCCAAGCAAAAGUUGACAGUUACGAGCCUGGUAGAUCCGCUUUUGUUGUACCAGUUCGCUGCGUCCAGUGGAACCUCCGGCGCCAGCCUCAACCAGUUCCGUCCUCUGCGCAUCUUUGUCGAGCUUCGAAACACGACCUUCGGAGAGAGCUUGCUGCGGUUGUCGUCGUCCGAGACCCUCUUUUCUCAAUUUACGACCAAACUGCAGCAGGCGUCGGGAGCCGUGCUGUCGGACACCAGUUUGCUCGCCUGGGCUACCGAUGGCCAGGGAGCGCCACGGGCAGUCCCCAACUUGGAUCAGGUGCCCGAGCGCCGGGACUGGACGCAAGAUGCAGGGUGGACCAGCAUCGCUCGGGAGCAGCCGUUCUGCGACUUCACAACUGCUACGGGACGGCCCGGGAUGGACGAAAACGGCAUUGAGUACCUGCAGGGGCAGUCCUCCAUCUUUUGUGACGGACUGCACGACGGGCUUCUGGUGGUGGACGGGGUGGGGUUCUCGGAUCCCAAAAAGGUCCCCAAAGAUAGUGGCAUGCAGAUCCUGGUCCGUGGUUCCAAGUCGGACAAAAGCAGUACGCGGCCGAUGGAAGUGCGUAAAAUCGUACGCGCCUACCAGUGGCGGUUUCCCACGGUGGACGCAUCUACGGGGCUGUUGGGCCCUGACAAGGUGGGCGAGUGGACCUGUCCCUUUUCCCAGUGGACGGACGGCAGGUGUGACUGCAACUGCGGGCGUCCGGACUGGGAUUGCAUGGGCGAGCGCGGGGUCCCAGAGCAGUUCGUGCGCGAGCACCUCGACCCAAGUUCGACCUCGCCCCGGCAAGUGCGGCUGAACUGCCCCGAUGGCGAAGACGCCUUCGUGCAAGUUCCUGAGUACGUGCGAGCAGGUGUGCUUCCCCCCACCUGUGGGGACGUGCUUCGAAUGGCGGAUCGGUUUCCCUAUUGCGACUUUCAAACGGGCGCUCCCACGUCCGUCGCCGUCAAUGGAUUCACCGGGCCGGACUUCAAUGGGACGAACUUACGAGCGCCGUCGUACAUGCGAUACUUGUGGGAGGUGAUCGAAAUGGACUGCCCUCUGAUUAACGAUCGCGAUACGGGCACGCUCGUGGAGUCGCUGGGGGUGUCCAAACAAACCAGCGAAGCCUUCCAGGCGUCUUCGCUAGCCGUUGCGGAAGCUUACGUGGACACGUCGUUGUAUGGCGUUCUCAAACGUUACAUUCUCAAUUGUUACAUGGAUUUGUCAUGCAAAACUCACCUCAUCAGUAACAGUAUCUCUAUCUACAUCAUCAAGCUGCCUCGCAUGACAAAUCUCCGAAGGGCUGAACAGCGUUUAAAUCUGUGCCAAACCUGUAGUGCAAAAGGCGAAAUCUUCCCCCUUGCACUUUUGCCAUUCUGGGUUGCGUUUGUGGUUUCGGUCGGUUUAGGAUUUUACAAAUCCAUGUAACAGUUGAGGAUGUAACAUUUGAGAACGCCAUACGUUGAUGCGUCAGAGCCACGACGCCGCGAACGAAGCCAAGGCCGCGAGUGCCAAGACCGCAAUCGAUCCGGCGUGCCUGACAGAUGAACCGCCACCUUUCUGUACCGGCGGACUCAUUUCCAUUGGGGGUCAGAUGGUGCAGACGUUGCCCGUCGUGGAGUGUCAGACCGCCAUGGGCAUGAGCUUGCCACCGGGAACGACAGCGGAUGACUUGUGGGCGGAUGAGGAGGUUACGUACGCUUUUCAGGCUUCUUUCGCACUUACAUAUCAAGUCAGUCUCGCAGAAGUCGUCCUUGGCGGGUUUAAAAUUGCGGUCCGUCGGCUGGACGAGGACGAGCAGCCCCAUCAUGGCAAUAACGCUGAGCAACCGGCGCAAGAUGCCAAAAGAGAGUCGGACGAAAUUGUGUCGGAGGCUGGCAGCUUCGCAAUUCGGCGGCAGAGGCGCCUGAGGAAACGCGUGCAGAAGCAGAUUCGCAAGACAAAGCUGUGGAAAAACAUGAAAAACCGAUUUCUUCGAUUUCUUGUAUCAGAAAAGCAGAAGCGCGCGAGCGAUCAGCCGCGCCUGUUUUCGCCUUCCGCGAUUGCGGCCGGGGCGGAGUCGAAGCGUCGCAGCACGAACAUUGCGGCGAGAGUCAAGCACUUUUGGCGGAAGUAUGUUCGGUCGUGUCUUCAAAGCCGGAAAAGAGCCCGGGAGCUUCUGGACGUCCAGCAAAGAGAAUCCGCGAAACGCUCGGGGAAGAACAACAGCGCCGGCUUUUCGGGACGAGGACUUGGUAGCGUCGUACCAAGCAGACGUGGCGCCAACAGUGAGCGCCGAAACAAGAGGAGGGCAAGGCAGCACCAGCAACCCGCCCAGGUGGUAAACCAAGUGGUCGACGCGCUCCAAGCUAGUGCUGGAGGGCAACAAGAACGGUCCUCCACUUCUCGAGCACAGCCAAUGCACGGUGCAGCUGCGCCGCGGCUUAGGAGCCUGGCGCAACGAGCGACAGUGCUUGUCGAGUUUUCGAUUGCGCAAGACAAUCUUGAGAAAGCAGCGGCAGUGAACGACCGCAUGGCGGCUGUCGACACCACCGCCCUCGACGCGAACAUAGGAAACUACCUGGCUGAAGUGACCACGAUGGAAGUGGAGUCCACCGGCGUCUCAGGAGUCUCUAAGUCCUUGCAACCUGUGAACAUGGCCAAAGUGGCCGCAGCUGUGGUGGCUGCGCAGGACGCCGGCACGCUGGACAUGGAGACCAUCACAGACCUCGGUCUGUCUAUGGAUUCUGUGGCCUCGCUAGUCGGCGCCUCCGACGAGCUCGUCAGCGACGAGGAAGUUCUGGGAGGGGAAGUAGAGGAGGAGGACUCCUCGGCGGACGACGGUGGGGGCAUGGCAGCAGACCUGAACGCCUUCCUUGCACCGGUGGAGGAGGAGGAGGAGGAACAGGAGGUGGUGGUCUCGCCGGAGAUGAUAUCCAGUGCAAAUAUGUCUGGGUCUGGAAGGAUGCAAUGUUUGUCAUGCAGGUUUUCCAUGACCCAUGAGGUCUGGAAUGCGAGACCCAGCAUGGCAGAUUCUCUGAGGUCUCUCUCAUGCCUCUCCUGCAUGAGAAACUCCCUCUCAACUUGGUCAAAAGCGGACAGCUUUUGGCACUCACGCAACACAGAUUUUUGCAUCAUUCAGAUUUAGAAGCAUGACAAGUUUUAAUCUUCCAGUCCCAGACAACAUAUUUGCAUUUGAUAGAUGAUCGCGAUGUGCUACGACGACUGUUGCUUCUCCUCGGACACCGAGGAGGUAAUGGCGGAGUGCGCUUUCGGGACCUACCAGAUCAGUGAUCCGGUCGUGUGCUGCCCGAACGGGCUGGAGGAGCCCGUGGCCCUGGUGGAGGAGGAAGACGCCUUGAGUUCGCUCUUCGCGGACCUGUUCGACGAUUCCAAAACUUCCACGACCACGACGACCUCCACGACCACCACCUCCACCACGACCGUGACCACCACCGUGACCACCACGAGCACGACCACCACCACAACGACCACCACGCCUCAGAUCUGCCGCACUAAUCUCGAGCUAGACGCUUUGUGCGCGGCGAAGCCCGCGACCUUUUUCUUCACACGAAACUUCGUGUGUGGAAGCGGUUUGUGCGAGGAAGACGAGUGCUGUCACCCCCGACCGCCGUGCGGAACGUUCGUGCCACCAUCCUUCUAUGAGCAGUGCGCUGCCGAGGUUCCCCCCCACUACCUGGAUCCCCUGCAGCUUUGUGCGGUGGGCGAGUGCACUGCCGCCGAGUGCUGCAAGCGCCGACAAACGUGUGCUCGAGCGACUGAAGUGAAUGCACAGUGCACGCACCAGACCCGCCUUUGGCUCCCGACCAGGGUGCGGCCGUCGUCUUUGCUUUUGAAGCGCCAAAGCAUUGGCUGCCGCGAGCGAGCCCUUGUUCUCCCGGCAGAUUGCAAACGGUUUGCCGAGGUCGCGGGUGUCGCGUGGGUGGAUCCUUCGUUGCAAGCGUCGUACGCGUCGGACGCAUAUCCGUGGGGAUGCUACUUCAAGAGCAACGAGGAAGACGACACCGCCGACCCCGAAGUCGGAUAUAAUGGUGCUUCCCCCAUGGAUGCAGGUCUCUCCGUCCCUGGCGUGGAGUCCGUUUGCUGGGACGAUGUCGCGGUGCCCGCGGUCGUGCCACUUGCGAAAGAGGGCUUCACCUGUCCGCCCCUGGAGGCCCUCACCGAACUCGAUUGCCGGCGGGUCGCGCAGGCGCUUGGACUGCUCCCCGACAAGUUCAGUCUGGUAAAUCUAGAAGACAAGCAGGAACUGGAGGUGACCCCGUCUGGGUGUAGCUAUCGGUACUACGAGGGCCACCCCGCGGGGGCCGACGCAACCGCGGCCUCGGGUCUAGCGGCUGAGCCUACGGAGGUCUUCGCUGGUAUGGUCUUCAACAAAUACGGGACGGCUGAUCCCUCGUCGACAGCGAUAUUCACAGACCUGCCACGUGAGGAACAGGAGAUCGCUGCCGACGGCAACUACGACCUGAGGCGUCCCAGUAGCAUUCUUCGCGCGAGCACUGUGAGACUCAACCACUUUCCCAGCGAUACAACGACGUACCACAUUGCGCAUUGGAACUUGUGUUGGCGGGCAAAUGCGCCAACUACGGCGUUCGACGAUCAUGAUCCUGAUUCGGAAAGAAACGCGACAAACGCGACCGAGAUCGUGGACGACCCUACGUUGCAACAGGAACAAGCAGAUGAACAGCUCAACUCUCCCGCAGGGGCAGGAGCAGCGCGGAAGAGUAGAAAAAGUGAAGCGGACGCAGCAGUUGAUGAAUCGGGCACAGCAGGUGGUGGAACCACAGACUCUACG